AUGGAUACGACCGUGGACUUCAGUCCCUACCGCGCCGAUGGCAAGCUUUAUGGCUUCGUCUGCGUUGUCACGGGCGCUGCUCAGCCUGUUGGACGGGCUAUCAUCGAGGAGCUGGCAGGCAGGAGCUUGUUCGCUACCUCGAGGAGGCCAUGCGACAAGACAGUCAGUGAUGAGACGGUCAAGCCUCUGGUCAAUAAGGUGCACCAAGAGCACCCGAACACCAAGAUCAUUCCCUACCCGUUCAACGUUGCCAAAGAAGAAGAGACUCUGGUCCUUAUUGACGAGCUUCUCAACGCCUUUGGACGCCUCGACAUCUGGGUAUCAUCAGCAGGUCUGCUGGGGCCCCCGUCCAUCAACGAAACGACACCGGCCGACCUCCAGCGGUGCUUCGAGGCACAUUCCAUGGCACCCUUCUUUGCGCUCAAGUACGCGCCUCCCGCCAUGGCCAAACUGACGGAAAAGCAAUCUUACCCGAACGCGGCGCCCAAGAGCCAGAAGUACGGCAGCAUCAUCGUCAUCAGCAGCGUGGCAUCGACGUACGGCGGGUGCUGGGAGCCGUGCUAUACGAUGGCGGCCCACGCCGCGCUCGGUGUCGUGAAGGCCGGCGUUGCGGUGCUCAAGGGCUCGGGAGUGAGGAUCAACUGCAUUUCUCCGGGCCAGAUUGAUGUUGGUCUAGAUUUGAACGGGGUCGAUAUGAAGGGGAUGAACUCCCAGUUCCCACCUGUGGUUUUGCAAGGAAAGGAAGCCUCCGAGGCAAGCGUGGGCCUCGAGCGACCGGGUAGUCCUCAAGAAGUAGCUCGAGUAGCCGGGUUUCUAGCUUCGGGCUUCAGCUCCUACGUCACGGGAGCAAACCUUGUGGUUGACGACGGCUCUUCUGCCAUGAACCCGCUUACGAUAUCCCUCGGCAAGGCGUAA